AAAAGCAAAAGCCCUGCCCCCAAAACCUUUUCGUCUUCUACACCACUCUCUCUCUCUCGCUCUCGCUUUCUCUCUGCAGGAUUCCGCCAUGGACGCGGUGAAGGUGAAGGAGCUUCGGCACUUUGUGGAGCUGUGCAAGAAGAACCCCGCCAUCCUCAGCGACCCCUCCAUCUCCUUCUUCCGGGAAUACCUCGAGAGCAUGGGUGCGAAGCUCCCUCCCGCCGCGUACAAUUCCGGGGAGAUCCCCAGGGCGCAUGAUUCGAAAAGUCAUGUGGCGGAUGAAAUGGACGAUGAUCUUGAUGAUGAUGAUGCGGCUGAUGUGAAGGAUGCCACUCCAGUUCAUGAUGAGCUUGAUGAUGAAAUUAUUGAAUCAGAUAUUGAGCUUGAAGGAGAAACUGUAGAACCUGACAAUGAUCCUCCACAAAAGAUGGGUGAUCCGUCUGUUGAGGUGACUGAAGAGAAUCGUGAGGCAUCUCAAGAGGCGAAGGCGAAAGCCAUGGAAGCAAUUUCAGAAGGAAACUUUGAUGAGGCCAUCGACCAUCUUACCCAGGCUAUAUUACUAAAUUCGACAUCAGCCAUUAUGUAUGCCACAAGAGCAUCUGUUUACAUUAAGAUGAAGAAACCAAAUGCUGCCAUUCGUGAUGCAAAUGCAGCUUUAGAGAUUAACCCUGACUCAGCGAAAGGCUACAAGUCUCGAGGAAUUGCUUUUGCUAUGCUUGGGAAAUGGGAGGAAGCUGCCAAGGAUUUGCAUUUAGCAUCAACUUUGGAUUAUGAUGAUGAGAUAGGUUCUUUUCUCAAAAAGGUAGAACCGAAUGCACACAAAAUUGAAGAACACCGCAGGAAGUAUGAUCGGCUGAGGAAGGAAAGAGAAGAGAAGAAAUUAGAGCGUGAGAGGCAGCGUCGCAAAGCUGAGGCUCAGGCUGCUUAUGAGAAGGCCAAAAGGAAAGAGCAGCAGUCAUCAAGUCGGCCAUCUGGCGGUAUGCCAGGUGGAUUCCCAGGAGGAAAGCCAGGUGGAUUCCCGGGUGCUAUGCCUGGUGCAGCUCCUGGGAACAUAGAUAUGAGCAAAAUUUUGAAUGAUCCUGAAUUAAUGGCAGCGUUUAGUGAUCCAGAGAUCAUGGCUGCUCUGCAAGAUGUGAUGAAUAACCCCGCGAGCUUUGCUAAACACCAAGAAAAUCCGAAGGUCGCUCCUGUUAUAGCAAAGAUGAUGGGAAAAUUCGGCGUGCCCAAGUGAUCAACACCAACUAAUAUCCGUGUUAACGACCUGUUUAAAGCAUUUAUGCUGUUUUAUUCUCGAACAGUUGUAAAUUGGAUUGGGAGCAGAGCUGUUUCUUUCCCUCCUUUUCUUUAUCGCUUGUAGACCAGAGUUGCAACUAGUGUUCGUGUCAUGCAGGUUAAAAGUUGUCAUUCCAAAUAAAGUAAGGAGAUUAUCGAUUUGAUUUCGAACUGCAAAUGUUCGAAUGGUUUUUGUGGUGCUUGUUGGUUGAUGUAACACAUAUUUUUAUGUGUGGUGUCAAAUUGUUCCUUUGUAGUGUGAUUU